AUGGAUAUGAUACUUUGCAACACUCUCUACGCUACUUCUCCGUCCCUCUCGCCGUUAACCUCGUUUCGAACGAAACCGACGCGAUUCUCAACGAAACUCAGAGCUCGAGCUCAAUUCCGCUCAAUGGAGGAUCACGACGACCAUUUCCGGCGGAAAUUCAUGGAGUUCCCGUACGUUUCGGCCACGCGCAAGCAGCUCAUGGUUGAUCUCAUGUCGACGUUAGAGCAUCGCCUCCAGCCACAACUCCUCCCCUGUAGCCUCCCGCCGGAAGCACGGAACUUCAAGAACCCAAACGGUUCCGCCGAAGCAUCUAUUCAUAUCAGAUCCGGCGAUAAAUCAUCUCCGAUUGAUUUUAUUAUAGGAAGUUGGAUACACUGCAAGAUUCCAAAUGGCGUAUCUCUCAACAUCACAAGCAUCUCUGCAUUCUUAAACUCCUCAACGAAAGCUCCAAACUUUGUGGUCGAACUCAUACAGAGCAGUGCCACGUCUCUCGUUCUCAUCCUCGACAUUCCACACCGUAAAGACGUCGUUCUUCACCCGGACUAUCUCAAAGAAUACUACCAAGACACUAAUCUUGAUUCUCAUCGCCAGUCUCUCCUUAAGCUUCCUGAAAUCAAACCUUAUGUCUCGCCUUCUCUCUUUGUCCGCUCUGCUUUCUCUCCCGCUGCUUCGAUGCUUAAGAUCGAUGUGGAGGAAGAAGGAAAAUUGGAGGAGAUCUUGAGAGAUCAUGUGAGUCCAGCUGCUAAGGAAGUAUUAGAGGUUUGGCUGGAGCUUUGCGCGAGUGAAGAUGAUGAGGAGAAGAGAGUGGUGGGAGAAGAAGAGAGAAUGGAGUUGGAGAGAAGAGAUAAAAGCUUCAGAAAGAAGAGCAUAGAGGAAGAUUUGGAUUUACAGUUUCCGAGACUCUUUGGAGAAGAAGUUUCCUCCCGUGUCAUACACGCCAUCAAAGAAGCUUUCGGUGUUCUCUAG